GUCAUAUAAAGAAGAGUAAUUGAAGUCUUUCUUGCCUCUGUGUUCACAACUGCACUGAAAUAUGUGCAUGUAUUUGUCUCUGCUUCUUCGCUAAUCAGUGAUUUAUUGGGAAUUAGGGUGCUCAGAUUCUCAGAAUUAGGCUGAGAUUAAGCGAGAAACGCAUAAUCGAAGCAAAUAAGAGACAUUACCAUUUGCACCCCGGACUAUUUUUAUUCAUCUGAAUGGCAACCAAUGAGAAUCUCCCGCCGAAUGUGAUAAAACAAUUAGCAAAGGAAUUGAAGAAUCUUGAUGAAACUCCUCCUGAAGGCAUUAAAGUCGGUGUAAAUGAUGAUGAUUUUUCAAUUAUAUAUGCUGAUAUAGAAGGGCCAGCCGGAACUCCCUAUGAGAACGGUAUCUUCCGCAUGAAGUUGAUAUUAUCCCAUGAUUUCCCUCAUUCGCCUCCUAAAGGUUAUUUCCUGACCAAAAUUUUUCAUCCGAAUAUCGCAACCAAUGGUGAAAUUUGUGUAAAUGCACUGAAAAGGGAUUGGAGUCCAAGUCUUGGGUUAAGACAUGUGCUAAUGGUGGUUAGAUGCUUAUUGAUAGAACCAUUUCCGGAAUCAGCUUUAAAUGAGCAAGCCGGGAAGAUGCUCCUAGAUAACUAUGAUGAGUAUGCUAAACAUGCAAGGCUUUAUACUGGAAUUCAUGCUUUAAAAUCAAAGCCCAAGGUUAAAGCGGGGACUAUUUCUGAGUCGACUGCUGCCCUGAAUGUUGAUCAAACCAACGCCUCAAUAUACGUUGAUGACCCGAAGAACGCAGGAUCAGGGAAUCCUCCCCAACAGCCAUCGCUUCUAGCCGCUUCAUUAAUCAAUACGAAAGGCGGGAAUGGUCUGGAUCAGUCAGCCAUGCCUAGCGGGACCACAGCAGAGGCUGCAAUCAAUAGCGGGUCAGCAGUGGCUACAGGUGCACAGAGGAAGGAAGCUUGGUUGGCAAGAGUUCAUGCUGACAAAAAGAAAAUAGAUGCAAGAAAGAAAAGCUUGAAGAGAUUAUAAUUUGUUCAAAUGGAGCUUGUGACUUUUUUCUUUUUGUUGGAUAGCUUUGGUAAAAAAAGAGACAAGAAAGAAGAUCAAAAGACAGUUGACUUCGCUUUUAUGUGCUAAUUUUAUGGUAUUCUUAUUUGGGUUUUUGCUGAAGCAUAGCAAUUAUUCU